UUCUCUCUUCCUCCCCCUUUAAUUCUUGACCUUCUGGGGUGGGCUGGAGUCUCUCACCUAGACCCCAGAGCUUCCCGAACCUUCCUCCUUUCCCCUCACUCUCCCCCAUGGUCAAGAAACAAUAGACAGGGGCCAGGAAGGUCAGCGAGCGCUGGGCAUUUUCACUGCCUUCAGAGCGUCUUGCUGCACCCGCUGCAGAUACCGUGGCCCAACCGCUACCUGUGGUAGGCGGCACACUUACGGAAGACUCGGCAACGGUUUACUCUUGUUCACAGAAGUGCUCCUUACAGACUGUUCUCGACAAAUAGUUGCUAACCUUGCUCCUUUUCUAGCCUUUGUUUCCCUGAGGCCUCGCGGCCGCUCCGGCUGCUGCUGCCAGCAGACGGCCUCCACUGUCCCCACGGCCCCGGCAGGGCGCUGGGCUUGCAGGGCGCCGGCUCCUCGUCCGCGGGAGGCCGCACCUUGGGACGAGUCACACGUAUUGCAGACACCAGCUUUUCUAGGGCAAGACGUAAAACCAGUCUUAGAGACUAGUCAUCCAGCUAAAAAUGGUGUUUUUUACAUGUAAUGCGUGUGGUGAGUCAGUGAAGAAAAUACAAGUGGAAAAGCACGUGUCUGUUUGCCGAAACUGUGAAUGCCUUUCUUGCAUUGACUGCGGCAAAGACUUCUGGGGGGACGACUACAAGAACCACGUGAAGUGCGUGAGUGAAGAGGAGAAGUAUGGCGGCAAAGGUUACGAAGGCAAAGCCCACAAAGGCGACGUUAAGCAGCGGGCGUGGAUUCAGAAAAUCAACGAAUUAACAAAAAGACCCAAUGUCAGCCCCAAAGUGAGGGACCUUUUAGAGCAAAUUAGUGGUUUCGACAACGUUCCCAGGAAAAAGGCCAAAUUUCAGAACUGGAUGAAGAACAGUCUCAAAGUGCAUAAUGAAUCUGUCCUGGAGCAGGUGUGGAGUAUCUUUUCCGAAGCGUCCAGCAACGGAACGGCCAGUAACAAGGGGCAGGAGCACCCACCACCCGGCCAGGUGGCCAGCUCCUGCGCGGACAGCGCUGCCAGGGCCCCGGAAAAGCCAGCAGAGGUGGCGAAGAAUAAGAGGGAGCGGAAAGAAGAACGGCAGAAGAAUCGGAAAAAGGAAAAGAAGGAGCUAAAAUUGGAAAACAACCAAGAGAAUGCAAAGCGUCAGAAGCCUAAGAAGCGCAAGAUGGGGCAAGAGGCCGGGGGUGAGGACACCCCAGCGGCCGCCGGUCCCGCGGGGAAGAAGAGCCAGAGGAAGAAGGGCAAGGGCCAGCAGGUGGAGGAUGGGGCGCCCGCCGGCAACGGGGCGCUUGCGGCAGAGGCCGAGGCCGAGGCGUGCCCGGCCAAGAGCCAGCCGGGGAAGAGGAAGCGCGCGCACUCGGAAGUUGAAGCAGACUCUAAGAAAAAGAUAAAGAUCCCGGGACCUUCUGAGGAUGGACAACCAGGAAACCACGAGGCUCCUGCAAAAGGUAAAUUCAACUGGAAGGGAACUAUUAAAGCAGUGCUGAGACAGGCCCCCGACAACGAAAUCGCAAUCAAGAAGCUAAGGAAAAAGGUUUUUGCUCAGUAUUACUCUGUGACGAGUGAACAUCACAGGUCUGAGGAGGAACUCCAGGUCAUCUUUAACAAGAAAAUCAGCAAGAACCCCACCUUCAAGCUAUUAAAGGAGAAGGUCAAGCUUCUGAAAUGAACGUUUUUAUAUUUAAAACCUGAAUCCAUCCUGCGACUCCUGUCACUUCCACAGCUGUUUGAAACACGUGAAUCAUAACCAUCAAACUUUGUUUCCCAAAGCUGUUUUUUAAGUUAAGCAAAAAAUAUAUUUUUGGUAGACUUUUAUGAGAAAUAAAGUAUAUUCUUGUCCAAAAGUCUGAAUUUGUGGUGGUGGAAAUUACUGUCCCUUAAGAGAUCCUUCCAUGUGAGUCUGUUUUCCAGCGUGACAAGUCAGAAUAAUGCCUCCUGCGGAGAGGUUAACUUGUUCUGGCCAUGUCAUUUCUGUGUGUUCUGAUUUUUGUGGAUGUUUUUGUGCUGAUAAAGUGCACGUGAGUUGCAUUCACCUGGACGGUGGUCACGACACGCUGCCGGGGCCCCGGCCCCGCUGGAGCGGCUUCUCGACAGGCCGGCCCUGCCCGGAGCCGGAGACUGGCCCCGGGAAGCAGCCGCACAGCUCCGCUGCUGCUCACGGCGCCACUGCGAGCUCUGGCGGUGCCGGCGGACGGGGCCCACGACCCGGUUUGCUGGCUGGAGGAGAGCCGGGCCCUGCCGCCGCCGCACAGCCAGUGCACGCGGUGCGCCUGUCCGCUUCAGCCAGUCGGCAAGGGCCCUCGACACCUCAGCCCGGUGGACGCCGGGCGGGACUAGGACGGCAGGACCAGCAGGAGGACCAAGGGCGGUGACCCAGCUUCCCCUGGGCCAGCCUCUCCCUGGGCGGCUGGGCUGGGCUGAGGAGCAAGGGCGCUGGGCCUCUGGCCGUCAGCGAGUGAGGACCCGGGCUUUAGAGUCGGCCGGGCGUGGCCCCUGAAAGCUGACCUCUUUCUGGUCAGUGGGAGAGGAAAGCCCAUCUGGGCUGAGCGGAAAGGUGUCAAGUGACGGGCGGCACAGGGAGCCCCGGUGGUGGCCUGGUACGCGGCUGGGCGCGCCGCAGUUCUGGGAGUCAAAAGGGAGGGGGGCCUGGCCCAGGCUCCGUUAGGGACAGAAAGCCCGGCACCGUGGGUCCACUGCUGCCUUUUCUGUUGGUGUCUCUGUGAUGCAGUCGAGGCAAGGCCGGGCAAAUGUGACCGGUAAGCUCCGACGUGCACCAAGUCUGGGGAGCCCUCAUUUCUGCGCCC